AUGGAGGGGAGUAGCACCACCACACCAGACUCCAGCCCCGCCCCGCCCCUGCCGCCUUCGCCCUCGACACCCCUCCGCUCUUCCACUGCCGCCGCCCAAGCCACACCCGCCACGCCUUCAGUCACGGCCGUGACUUCAUCGUCGCCCUCCACAGGGCCACAGCAGGCGGCAGGCCAGGGCGGCGAUGGCAGCGAAGUGGCGCGCCUGCGAGCCGAAGUGGAGCGGCUCAAGGCGGGCAAGGUGCGGCGCGGCGAGCAGCUGCGGCGGCUCAUGGCCGAGCUCAAGGCCGUGCGCGCGGCCGCGCGGGCCGAGUCGGCGUUCGAGCACCUCAACGAGGCCGCGCUGCUGGCCCGGCGCGAGAAGGAGCGCGAGGCGGCGGUGGCCAAGCUGAGCGACGAGCAGCAGCGGGCCGACCGGGUGCUGAUCCACAACCUACAGCUGGCCAAUCGGGUGCGACAGCUCGAGGAGGGCCUCCAAUCGGGCGGCGAGGGCGCAAUGCGGGACGUGGAGGGCGGCGCCGAUGGCGCCAUGAGCAGAAGCGGCGGUGGGUUGGUGGAGCGGGUGUGGGCGAUGUGGAAUCAGCGAGAUCGAAAGGGGGUGAUGGUGAUCACCGUGCUCUCCCUCGUCGUCUUCUGGUACCUCACCACUGUCUACUCGGGCGGAUGA